AUUUGGUAAAUUAGGGUCCCAUGAAACACAAUUCAACACAACACAACAAAACAGAACAACAGAAGGAGGAAUUUGCAUGCAGUAGCACAUUAACAUGUUCAUCAGUGUGAGUAUUCUGGAGCAAGGCCUUGCCCAUUUGCUGCUUCCUUGAAUCUGAAACACCAGACUGAAUCUUUGUCGAGAAUUUCAAGAUUUUCCCCACAAACCACCACAUCACGUCACUUGGUCCCAUGAAAGAUCUGAUUUUUCGUUCUUGGGGGGUGGGGUUUCUGCCGUUUUUCCUUUCACCGUUGGUGUCUGAAGAUUGCACAAACAGAAUGGUCAACAACACUUUUUGGUCACCUCGUGUGCUUUAAACUGUAAACUCUCUCUCUAUCUCUCUCACUCUCUCUCUGUUUUCUGUCUCUGUGUUGCAUUCUUUGCGUGUCUUAGUCUGUGGCUGUUUCUUCCAUUGUUAGAAAUUGGUGGUUUUAAUUUGAUUUUGACCGAACGAAUGAGAUCUUGAUGAGGGUUGGAACCAUUUUUUUGUUGCCAUUACUUCUUUCUCUGCCGCUUUCAAUCGCUCAGCUCCCACCUGACACUGCAAUGUCAUCCCGAACCCUCGAUGCCAUUCUUCAAGAUUGCGCCUUUAAGGCAUUUCUGAGGCCAAAAACUGGGGUACCCUACGAUGCCCAAGUGCCCAGAAACCUAACCGGGAUUAGAGUUUCAGCAAUGAGGCUCAGGAGUGGUAGUUUGAGGACCAGAGGUGUUGAAAGAUACAAAGAGUUUCAGAUCCCAAUUGGGGUGUUUGAGCAACCUUAUGUAGAGAGGCUUGUUCUGGUGUAUCACAACUUAGGCAACUGGUCUGAAAAGUUUUACCCUUUACCUGGUUACUCUUAUCUGGCUCCUGUUUUGGGUCUAAUGUCAUACAGUGGUGCCACUCUGAAUGCUUCUGAGUUGCCUGAAUUAGAGAUUAGAGCUUCUGAUAACCCAAUUUUGAUCAAGUUCCCUCAUGUAAAACCACCACCAUCAGGGUCAGUGCCAAAGUGUGUGUUCUUUGAUCUACAUGGUUCUGUGCAAUUUGACAUCCUAGUACAUGGUAACGUAUGUUCAACAGUCCAACAAGGACACUUCUCUAUUGUUGUGGAGUCUAAUGCCCCAUCUCCAGCACCUGCUGCUGUUGCUGUUGCUGCUGAUGUUGGAAAAGGAGGUUCUAAGAACAAGCACAGGGUGUGGAUAAUUGUUGCAUCAUUUCUUGGUGGAUGCGUGUUGGUGAUCUUGUUGAGUCUAUUGAUUGUUAAAGUGAGAAGAACCAAACAAGGGAUGAAGAUUCAGCAGCUGGAAUGGGUAGCUGAGAGCAAUGAAACUUUGCAUAUGGCAUCCAUUGGAGGCACCAAAGCACCACUUGCAGUGGGGACUCGCACCAGACCAACAAUUGAAAAUGAUUACGUGCCUUAGAUUUCAGGAUUAUUGUUGGAUCAACUUUUUUUUCCCCUGCUUUUUGGAAUUUUUGUGUUCAUAAUGAGUGAAAAAAUGAUGCUUUAGUUUCCCUAACUAAUGGCCAUGAUAAGAAAUUCAGGCUUCUUGGUUUAGUUUGGUAUGAUUUCCAUGAAUCUCAUUGGCUUCUCUGGUUUUUUGGUAGAAUAGAACCUUCAUUCUCUCAUCUUUGAUGUUUUAUUUUAGCAAGUGUGUUGAUUUA